GAAUCGACCGCCGCCAGUUACUCAAGCAGUCGCAGUCGUUCGCCAGAACGUUCAAAACCCGCUCGUCGCUAGAAAACUCACAGGUUUGAAAAGUCCUACGCCCAGAAUCUCUGGAUCCGUAAUCGUUUCGUUUCGAAAACCAAAGGGAAAACACGCGUAAACGGCAGCAGCUACACACAUGUGCGGCAACUUCAUGACGGAACCGGAACACGCUGUGUGAGAUAUCGAGAAAUUCCAGUGACCCAAACGCGAACGUUAACGUUUCGAGAAAAUCGCAUAAAAAGCACUAUACAAUAUAAACUCAACCCGCGCCGCACACAUGACAACUGCAUUGACCAUGGUAAAAACGGGUGGUAAAUACGCCAACGAGAAAUUCCUCGGGGUGAGGCAUGUGCAGUGCAUCCUGUGCUUCUUCUGCCUCGCCAUGAGCUACGCCUGGCGGGUGAACCUCAGUGUGGCUCUGGUGGCUAUGACGGACAACAGCACCAUCCUGGCCCAGAACUCCACCGAUGCAGGCGGGCUUUCCAGCAACUCCGAGAUUGACAUCUUCAACUCGAAUCGCUACUACAAUCUGACCACCUCGGAUAAAGCCAACAUGCAAUCUAGCUUCUUCUUUGGCUACAUAGUCACCCAGGUGCCGGGUGGCUACUUCGCCCAGCGCUACGGAGCCAAGACCAUGCUGUUGUACGGACUGGGCAUAGCGGCUAUUAUCACGAUGCUAUCGCCGUUGUCCCUGCAGUUUGGAGUGCUCCCCUUCGCGGCCAUGCGAUUUAUAAUGGGCCUGGCCCAGGGUGCAGUGCAUCCGGCCACGCAUGCGCUGUUGGCCAAGUGGUCGCCGGCCGAGGAGCGAGGAAUGCUGGGAACCCUGUGCUACUCGGGCGCCCAGUUCGGAACGGUGGUGAUGCUGGCCACCAGUGGCCUGAUCGCCGAUUCCCCCUUGGGCUGGCCGAGCAUCUUCUAUCUGGGCGGAACUGCGGGCUUCCUGUGGAUGAUCUUCUGGUACCUCUUCUCGGCCAGCACGCCCGAGGAGCACCGUCUGAUUUCGCCGGAGGAACUGAAGUUCAUCACGGACUCGCGCAGCGAUGGCAAGAUGCAGUCCGCCGAGAAGCUGGCUCCCACGCCCUGGAAGGCCAUCUUCAGCUCACUGCCCUUCCUGUCCCUCCUGGUGGUGCACUGCACCCACAUGUUCGGCUACUGGCUGCUGCUCAUGCAGAUCCCCACCUACAUGAAGCAGAUCUACCACGUGGACAUCAAGAACGGAGCGCUGCUCUCGUCGCUGCCCUACAUGGCGAUGCUGCUCCUGAGCUUCUUCUUUGUCUGGCUGUCCAAAGUGCUGCAGAGGAAGGAGGGCCUGUCGCUGUCCUUCAAUCGGAAGAUCUUCAACAGCAUCGGCCACUGGAUACCCAUGCUCUCGCUGAUCGCCCUGGGCUAUGUGCCCACCGAUAAUGCUCCGUUGGCGGUGACGCUGCUCACCCUGACGGUGGGCAUCAGCGGAGCCACCUACCUGGGCUUCCAGGUGAACCACAUCGAUCUGUCCCCGAAUUACGCCGGCACGCUGAUGGGCCUCACGAAUGGAGCGGCCAAUGUGAUGAGUGGGGUGGCCCCACUGAUCGUGGGACUGAUUGUCACCGAUGAUACUAGCGUUACCCAGUGGCGUGGAGUCUUCCUGCUGGCCGCCGGCUUCUACUUCCUGGGCAAUCUUCUGUUCGUCAUCUUCGGACGCACCGAGGUCCAGUGGUGGGACUCGCCGAGGGACAACAAGGAGCAGGAUGCGGAGCAGGGCGCUCCCCUCGCGCCCAAUGGCCAGGUCAAAUAGAGACCGCACCGCAUCCAGAAUCAUCCGGGCUGUUGUUUCAUAGUUUCGUAGGCGUAGUUAGUUAGUUAGAGAUCAGAGACCAGAGACCAGACCAGCUGAAAGUUAACUUUAGUGACAAUCGCGUGCUUCCAUUAGCGAUAUUAUACGGUAAUUGCUUAGUCUUAAGGCAGCGUAAAUUAUUAUUGUUUGCAGUAUUUUCCAUAAUGUACAUAAUCCAAAAAGAAGAAAGAAAAAAACAACAAACAAACAAACCAAUUAAACUUGCAACUUGAGAGAAAACGUUCAGUGUAAAUAGGGACAGAGCCCGCGAGGAGAGAAUUCGCUGCUGCAACACCAACUCUAGUAAUUGUUAUGUUUUAGUGUUAAGUUAGGCAUUAACGAAAACCAAUCUUGUGAUGAAAAAAGGAAACUAAAAAAGGCAAAAAAAGAAAAAUGAAGACAAUACUAGCCAUGAAUAAAACAGCUCAGUUCGCAGCUGCAAAAGAAUCAAAGUAUACCGAAA